GUUCGCAGGGACAGCCCGCCCAGGCGGACUCUCCCACAGCGGCCCCGUCCUCGGGGCUCGGGGCUCAGGACGCGCCAGCCCUGACACGUCAGCUCGGGUCCCCCGCUCGGCCUGCUCCUCUAGGGGCCCCCAGGCCGAUGGCCGGUCUGAACGUGUCCCUCUCCUUCUUCUUCGCCACCUUCGUCCUCUGCCAGGCGGCCAGGAGAGCGUGCAAGGCCCUGCUCCCGGCGGGCGCCUACGCCAGCUUCGCCCGGGAGGCGGUGGGCGCGGCCCAGCUGGGGGCCUGCUGUCUGGAGAUGCGGAUGUUGGCGGAGCUCGGCCCCUGGGCGGGGGGCUUCGGCCCCGACCUGCCGCUCACCCUGCUCACCCUGCUCUUCCUGGUUCACGGGGCGACCUGCGACGGCGCCGCGGCCAACCCCACCGUGUCCCUGCAGGACUUCCUCCUGGCCGAGGCCUCCGGGCCCCGCACGCUGCUGAAGCUGGCGGCCCAGGGGCUGGGUGCGCGGGCGGCCUGUGCCCUGACCCGGCUGUACUGGGCCUGGGAGCUCUGUGACCUGCACGUCCUCCAGAACCUCCUGGACCCGCACUGCAGCUCCCCCCUGCGCACGCCCGUGUCCCACGGCGCGCUCGUGGAAGGCGCCGGCGCCUUCUUCUUGCACCUGACCCUCCUCCGCCUCCGGAACAGCCUGCCCGCCUACCGGGUGCCGGCCGUGGCCCUGCUGGCCACCGUCAUGACCCACGCAGCUGGGCCCUUCACGUCCGCCUUCUUCAACCCGGCCCUGGCCACCUGGGCCACCUUCCACUGCUCGGGCCACACCCUGCUGGAGUACAUGCAGGUGUACUGGCUGGGUCCUCUGACAGGGAUGGUCCUGGCCGUCCUGCUGUACCAUGGCCGCCUUCCCCGCCUGUUCCAGAGGAACCUGUUGUACAGCCAGAAGGACAAGCACCGAACUCCCAGAGGGAAGCCGGCCCCGGGGCCUAGAGACACCCAGACGCCUGCGGAGGGCUGCAGAGGCGGGGGGCCUGGGCGGGGUGGGGCGGGGCAGCCGCUGCCGGGCUCCCGCUGAGCCAGCACGGUCUGGGGGGAGGGCCGGGGCUCUGGCUGGACUCUGGGGCCUCCCCGAGCCGAGGGGGGACCGGACCCGCAGCCCUUUCUCCCCCCCCAAACCUUUCGUCAAUAAACCAUUCCUAAGACCU